AUAAAUUCUACCUUCGGAUCGAGCAUAGUCGACCGUUGUCGCAAGAUGGCUAACCGUUAUUAUGCUUAUUAAAUAAUAAUAAAUUACGUAUAAACGACCAGGAAAUAGAAGUAUCAAUAAGAACUGUUUUGCUGGAUUAAAAUGACUUACCUUACGUGGGCUACCUUGCCACAGAACAUACUUGCAGAUAUAUUUUCAUACAUGUCAAUGAACGAGAGGUUAAAAUGUAGUGUCGUGUGCAAAUGGUGGAAUGAAUGUCUACAACAUCCAAAGCUGUGGAGCAGAUUCAUGUUCAAGUUCGACACGAAUAUAGAUGAUGAAGGAAAAGCUAUCAAGUGCAUUGAGAGCUACUGUCAGAUUGGAAGACUGAGUGAAGUUGAAAUAUUUGUAAAUCCCAAGCAAUCUGUGAGCAGGGAUCGUGCGAUGAUGGUCAUGGAAGAGUUGAGAUCUUCUCCGAGCAAGAAACUUCAGAAGUUCAGUUUUCACUUUUCGGGUUACAAUCCUCUCUUGUUUAAUGGGACUGAACUGUUAAGUACAAUGAAAAAUCUUUUCGGAUCGCAGCCAAAUGCUGGCGUGGGUGUAUGUCAUCUCACUACGGUCGACCUCACAGAGUGUAAUAUAUCUUUGGACGACGAGUUUGCUCGUAUUCUGGCCAUGAAUCAUCCAUUUCUUCGCGUUGUUAGAAUUCAGAACAUUUGCUUUGUUGAUAACGUUACUCCGAACGGAUUGCUGGUAUUAGUAAGCGGCUGUCCGGAGUUGAAGGAGCUGUGUACAUUCUACCACUCCAUCGACGACCGUGUGGUUGCUGAGUUUUGUUCAGAUUUCAGGACAACUGUAAGUAAUCUUUCAUUGAUUUGCAAUGCUUCCGAUAAAUACAGCAACGCGGUGAAAUCGGAAACAUGGAAAACAUUUAAUCGGUCAAACCCAGAUGCAGAACUAAGACUGGAAAUUCUUCUGACAACACCCCAGCAAGCUAUCAACAAAAUCUUAUGCCCAGAUAUUCCCGUAACCCAUUUAACUCUAAACGUCAGCGGAAGUCGGUUUGAAGAAUUGGUUAUUAUCAAACAAAACUGUAAACAAACUUUAAAAUGCCUGACUUUGCAAAAUGACCUUGCUGGUAUAAUACCACCACCACCAGGAUUUGAACCCGCCCUACUUGACCUAAUCUCAGAUUGCGAAUACCUCGUCGAGAUCAAUUGUCCCUACCCAUUAUCUCAGGAUACAGUUUCACAAAUUGAAUCAAACGUAAAACUUGUUCGGUUUCAGUUAUAUUUAUUUAAUGUCGCGGGCAACGAAAUAAUUUGUCGCUCUAGUGUUUAAACGUAGAUGUGUAAAAGUGCAAAACUUACCAAACAGCAGAGCGAAACAGCCUAUAUACAUAUAUGCGCGCAGCCUACAGCACCUUUUACAAACCGUUUACACAUUUUCACUAAUAUUAUUGAGUAAACUUUGUAAAUAAAUAACCGAUUUUACACCCUAUAUUUUCGUAUAGUAUAAGGAAAUAAUAAAAACAAAAAUAAUGGAUGC